AUGCUCGAGGCAUAUGCCCAAAAAGGGAAUCUGGAAGAUGCCGAGAAUCUCCUCUGUACGAUCCCCGACACGGACGAGGUAACGUGGAGCAUCAUGUUGAUGGCAUAUUCCGACCACGGCAAGCUCAACGAGGCCCUGACCGUGUUUGACCGAACCCCUCAUUAUGACGUUGUCCUGUUGACCACCCUGGUGUCGGCAUAUGCCCGGCACGGGCAUGUCCGCGAGUCGGAGAUUCUGUUUGACUCCAUGCCGGGGUGGACUCUCAUCUCGUGGAACGCAAUGCUUGCCGCAUAUCUCCACAACAGAGAGUUUGAUCUCGUUGACUGGACCUUCUCGUCAAUGCCGGUCAGAGACGCUGCGUCGUGGUCAGCGCUCGUGGCCGCAGUUGCCGCGAGAGGGCAAUUCGAGAGAGCCGAGUGUUUGCUCGAGACAAUGCCCGAGAGGGGCAUUGCCGCUUGGAACACAGUUCUAGCGAUGAACUCGAUCAAUCGGCGAGGAUCCCAAGCGGCGGAUAUCUUCGCAAGGAUGAAGCUGGAAGAGAAUUAUGGCAUGAAUGAGGUGACUCUCAAUUGCGUGCUGCUGGGGUGUACUCACGCGGGCGAUCUGGCUUCCGGGAGGAGGUACUUUCGAUCAGCAGCGCUGGAUCACGAAAUCCCAGCCACCAAGCAACACUACUGCUGCUUGAUCGAUCUUCUCAGCCGAGCUGGGUAUCUAAUCGAUGCCGAGGAGCUCUUGACUACCAUGCCCUUUGUUCCAGAGGCCCAGGACUGGCUUUGCCUGCUCGGGGCUUGCCGGAGCCACAGAGAAAUUGGAGUGGGAUCUCGCGCAGCGCAGGAAGUGCUUGGAUUCUCCAUGGCGAUGCUAAAAGCUGGGCCUUACAUCCUCCUCUCCAACAUGUAUGCUCUUGGCGAGCGCUUGGGUCUCCCAUCAAAGCUCUUCCUUCUUCCAUCCAGUCAAGAAUAUAGAUCUAGAGCCCUAAAUAUUUGA